UCCAAAGAGGAAGUGAGUCCAUGCAGAUUCUCUCUCGCCAUCGCCAUGGCCGUCUCCCCAAGUUCUCGUCCUUCUCCACCACCACCACAUCCAACGCCCCGCCUCCACCUCCCGUUCCUACCUCCGAUGCCACCUCCCGCAUCUCCUCGCUCGGCGACCACGACCCGGGCGCGCUCGCGCCCGACGAUGCCAUCGUGGCGCUCUCCUCCGUCGCCGAUUCCGAUGGCUCCGCGGCGGCACUCGCGCUCUUCCGCCGCCUGGCGUCCCGCUCAGACGUGCGCCAACUCAUGCGCCUCUACGUCACCGCCGCGACCACCUUCGUCGCGAGGGGCAGCCUCCCCAUGGCGCACGAGGCCAUGCGCCGGAUGGUCGCCGCCUUCGCCGAGGCAGGUCGGCUCCCGGAGGCCGCGGACAUGGUCUUCGAGAUGCGCAGCCACGGUCUGCCGUUCUGCGUCGAAACAGCCAACUGGAUCCUUAGAGCUGGGAUUGACACCGGGAACUUCGUCUAUGCGCGCAAGGUGUUCGAUGGAAUGGUGACGCGUGGCGGGGUGUGCCCCGACGCUCGCAGCUUCCGGGCGCUGGUCUUGGGGUGCUGCAGGGAAGGACAGGUGGAAGACCUGGACGCCUUGCUGACAGCAAUGUGGGAGCAGGGGUUCUGCCUGGACAACGCGACAUGCACGGUGCUCGUGCGGACCUUCUGCAAGAAGGGACGGUUUAGGGAUGUGUCCGAGUUCUUCAGGAGGAUGCUGGAGAUGGGAACGCCGCCCAAUGUGGUCAAUUACACCGCGUGGAUUGAUGGUCUGUGUAAAAGAGGACACGUCAAGCAGGCGUUCCAUGUACUGGAGGAGAUGGUCAGAAAAGGGUUGAAGCCGAACGUGUACACACACACAUCGUUGAUUGACGGGCUCUGUAAGAUUGGGUGGACGGAGAGGGCAUUCCGGCUUUUCUUGAAGCUCAUCAAGAGUAGUUCAUACAAGCCGAAUGUGCAUACAUACACUGUGAUGAUUAGAGGGUACUGUAAAGAGGGCAAGCUUGCUCGAGCAGAGAUGCUGCUGGGAAGGAUGGUUGAGCAGGAGUUGGCGCCAAACACAAACACAUACACUACGCUUAUUAGUGGGCACUGCAAAGGAGGCAGCUUUGAUCGUGCCUUUGAGCUCAUGAAUAAGAUGACUAGUGAAGGUUUCCUGCCCAACAUUUACACAUACAAUGCUGUCAUUGAUGGCCUCUGCAAGAAAGGUAAAAUUCAAGAGGCCUACAAGGUGCUCCGGAGGGCCACUAGUCAAGGGCUUGAGCUUGAUAAGGUGACAUAUACUAUACUGAUAACUCAACACUGCAAACAAGGUCACAUAACAUAUGCUCUAGAUUUGUUCAACAGGAUGGUGGAAAAUGGUUGCCAUCCUGAUAUAGAAACAUACACCACCCUUAUAGCUACAUAUUGUCAGCAGAGACAAAUGGAAGAAAGCCAAAAGCUGUUUGACAAGUGUCUUGCGACAGAAUUAGUGCCAACCACACAAACUUAUACCUCAAUGAUUGCAGGCUAUUGUAAAGUUGGCAAAUCAACAUCGGCUUUGAGGGUCUUUGAGAGAAUGGUUCAAAAUGGAUGCCUCGCUGACUCUAUAACUUAUGGUGCUCUAAUAAGUGGGCUCUGCAAGGAAUCGAGGCUAGAGGAAGCACGGUCAUUAUACGAGGGCAUGCUUGAUAAAUGUUUGGUGCCAUGUGAAGUAACUCCUGUCACUUUAGCCUUUGAAUAUUGCAGGAGGGAGAAGACAAGUGUUGCUGUAUCGAUAUUGGAUAGAUUGGAUAAACGGCGACAGACUCACACAAUAAGCGUGCUAGUUAGAAAGCUCAGUGCUGCAGGAAAUGUGGAUGAUGCAAGUCUUUUCCUGAAACGUGCUUUGGACCAGGAUUGGGCUGUUGACCAUGUGACUUAUACUGGCUUCAUUAAUUCAUGCUACACCAACAAUAGAUACGCCCUAGCUUCUGAAGUAUCUGAUAAGAUCUCGAAAAGAAUCACCAGCUUUCAAGAAAACAAUGCUGUAGUCUAGCUUAAUUAGGAAGAUUGGAAGAUCAAUCCAAUAGCUUGCACUGAUAUGGAAGAAAUAUUCUACAGGAGGUGCUCAUUGUUCUUCAGCGGUUGCAAUGCUAAUCAAAUGAUUGUAAAACUGCCAGGUCUAUGUGACCUGAUUUUAGUCAGUGUACUGGGUGAGAGACCCAAGAACUGCUUGAUGACAUAAAUGGCGUGUGCAUAAACAUGUGAAAAGAAAGAAGGAGAACAAGUCUAUGUUGGAGAUAUUCAACAAAGUCCAUAUGCCUGCUAUAUGAAGGUCACACAUUUUCUACAAUAUGAAGGCUCUGAUACGCAGAUGGACCUGAUGCUUCUUAUCUGAACCACGCUCAUUGCUGAUGUUGGUUUCUUUCGUCGUUCUUAACUAACCCAGAUAUAACAACAGUUGAGCCGCGUGUACCUGUGGUUUGGAUGCUUGUUUCCUGCUAGGGCUCUUAUCCUAAUUCUCAAUGUCAAGCUAGUUGGACAUCAGAAAAUCUGCUGCAAAAAUUGGGAGCGGGCCAGUUAAAAUAUCUAACAGUUGCAAAUAAUAUCGUGAGAAGUCUCCUUGAAUGAAAGAACGACCUGAAAACUGGCCAAAGCAGAUGAGGGUGCUCAUGACUCCGGGAAUUCAUGCCUUGUCAGGAAAAUCUUGAUGCUUGCUGGUAUUUAAGGAAACUAGUAUUGCCUAAGCAAUCAUGUUGAUUAUACAGUGUCAUCUGCGCCACAGUUGGUAACUGAAGUGGAGAUUUCUUUGAUUCUUUCUCAUGUCUUGACCUCCUUUUAUGUGUUCUCACUGUACAUGUUUGGUGUUGAGCUCCAUAUGACCAUUGCUUGUAUUUACACAUGUUCCCUUGUAUAAUAAUUAAUAACUAAUUAGUAAUAUCUUGAUUCUUGUUUGUUGGUUUUAUCUUCAUUGAUGGUCACCUUCAUUCCUCCAAUCACCCUUAAAAUUCCAGAUUUUCCUUUGUGGAAAACAUUGCUGUGCAGUUGUCUUAGGCUAUUGUUUGUCAGUUUAUUUAUCUCUAGUUAGGAUUUUGAAAGAUUAAUAACAAGUAAUAAGGUUAAUAAAAAGCCGUAUGCAUCAAUUGAUGCAGAGGCUGGGACAAGUUUCCAUUUCGAAAACAAAGGAUUUUGAAAGAUGCAUGCUGGAAUUUUGACUAAACUUUUCAAGAAAUUAUGUGGCUUAUCUAACAAGCAACUAUAGUCAUACACAUAUCAGAAAAUUUCAUGUGCACACAGAUAAAAUCAACUAUACAUAGAUUAGUAAUGUGUGAGCUAUAUGUAGAAGCACAA